AUGUUAGUUAUCCGUUUGUCUGUCCAUGGCAGGUGGGUUGUGGGGAAGGUGAUUGGUACAGCCAUGCCCAAAAUUGCUGAAGUGAGAGUCGCCGCGCUUAUGCUGGGUCCCUGCUUAUUAAAGUACUUCAGUAAGAGACAGACCUACUUUGCCCACGAUGCCCUUGAGCAGUGCAUGGUUGGGGAUACUGUGCUUCUUAAAGGUUUACCUGUCCCAGAGACGAAGCAUGUGAAACAUGAACUGGCCGAGAUCAUUUUCAAAGUUGGAAGAGUGGUAGAUCCAGGGACAGGGAAUCCCUGUGUGUGCACUGCCUACCUGGAGAGUCCACUCAGUGUGGAAACCAUCCACUUAACCCAAAGCCUGGAAGAGCUGCAGAUCUCAACCCCAGGAAGCAGGAUUGGAAGGAGGAGCAAAAGGGAAAGAUUGAUCCAUUUGCCUUGUGGAAGUCUCCCACAGAACCUCAAAGCCAACGGCAAAGACAGUACCAGCUCCUGCUUGUAUGGAGGCAAGAAAGACAGAGCGCCAAGGCCCCUGGAUGGAUGA